CGCAUCUCUUUGUUGGUCCAGCGGCAGCUGCGCUCAUGUUGUUGUAGCUACUCUCUCUCUCUCUGGAAAUAUUUUUCUCUUUCGAAAUAUUUCGUCUCUUGUUUUCGUCGCGGCCUGUACACAUCCUAGUAUCUAGCGUUUGGUAUCAUACCUUGUCACAAUAUCAAGUUAAACCGAGUAAUGGACUCAGACGAAGGGUACAAUUAUGAAUUCGACGAGGAGGAAGAGGAAUGCAGCGAAGACAGCGCCGAGGAGGAUCCCGAAGACGACACCCUGGAAGUGGAGUUGGAUGAUCCUGUUGUGGCCGGUGGAGAACGAGAUGAAUGUGGGGAGACCGGAGGCAGUGGCCUAGGGCCCGGUCAAGACGAAGAGGAUUAUCGGUUCGAGGUUUUGACUGCUGAACAGAUCCUUCAGCAUAUGGUCGAGUGUAUCAGGGAGGUCAAUGAUGUCAUCCAGAACCCUGCAACGAUAACAAGAAUACUUCUUAGUCACUUCAAUUGGGACAAAGAGAAACUGAUGGAAAGAUAUUUUGACGGGAACCUUGACAAAUUGUUCUCGGAAUGCCAUGUCAUCAACCCCAGUAAGAAGUCGAGGACACGGCUGAUGAACACGAGGUCCUCUGCUCAGGAUCUUCCCUGUCAGAUCUGCUACCUGAACUACCCAAACUCGUACUUCACUGGCCUGGAGUGUGGACACAAGUUCUGCAUGCAGUGUUGGGGUGACUACUUGACUACCAAAAUCAUUGAGGAGGGGAUGGGACAGACGAUUUCCUGCCCUGCUCACAGCUGUGAUAUAUUGGUGGACGACAACACAGUCAUGAGACUGAUUACAGAGUCCAAGGUGAAGUUGAAGUACCAACACUUGAUUACCAAUAGUUUUGUAGAGUGCAAUCGACUGUUAAAAUGGUGCCCAGCGCCAGACUGUCAUCACGUAGUCAAAGUCCAGUACCCAGAUGCUAAGCCUGUGAGAUGCACAUGUGGCCGGCAGUUCUGCUUCAAUUGUGGCGAGAACUGGCAUGACCCCGUCAAGUGUAAGUGGUUGAGGAAAUGGAUCAAGAAGUGUGACGAUGACAGCGAGACGUCUAACUGGAUCGCAGCCAAUACAAGGGAGUGCCCCAAAUGCCACGUGACCAUUGAGAAGGACGGCGGCUGCAACCACAUGGUGUGUCGGAACCAGAGCUGCAAGGCAGAGUUCUGCUGGGUCUGCCUGGGGCCCUGGGAACCACACGGCUCUGCCUGGUACAACUGCAACCGCUACAAUGAGGAUGAUGCCAAGGCAGCGAGGGACGCCCAAGAGAGCCAGGCGUUGUCCCUCCUCCUCCUCCAGCGGUCCAGGGCAGCCCUGCAGAGGUACCUGUUCUACUGCAACCGUUACAUGAACCACAUGCAGUCGCUGCGCUUCGAGCACAAGCUGUACGCCGGGGUCAAGGCCAAGAUGGAGGAGAUGCAGCAUCACAACAUGUCCUGGAUCGAGGUGCAGUUCCUGAAGAAGGCCGUGGACGUGCUGUGUCAGUGUCGCUCCACACUCAUGUUCACCUACGUCUUCGCCUUCUACCUCAAGAAGAACAACCAGUCCAUCAUCUUUGAGAACAAUCAGGCUGACUUGGAGAACGCUACGGAGGUUCUGUCUGGAUAUCUGGAGCGGGACAUCUCCCAGGACUCUCUGCAGGACAUCAAACAGAAAGUACAGGACAAGUACAGAUACUGUGAGAGUCGACGUCGGGUGCUGCUGCAACAUGUGCAUGAGGGCUAUGAGAAGGACCUCUGGGAAUACAUAGAAGAUUAAGACUCUAAAAGAGAAACCUCUACAGACUAGAGCGCUGAUGCAAUGCCACGGGGGCAGGUUGUUGCUGAUCUUCCCAAUAUUGCAUUUUUUUUUCUCCUCCUCUUGGGUUUUGUUUAAUGGAAAAAGUUUAAAAUAAAUUAUAUCAAAAUAAUAAAAAAAAUAAUUUAAAAAAGUAGAAUAUUUCAAACAUUAAUCGUACAACAGUAUUGUUUGUAGCAGAUUGGAUUGUGAGGACAAAAAAAAAGAACUCCCCCCGGCUUCUCUCGAUUGGUCACUAUAGUAACAUCAUCCCCCCCCCCCCCCCCCCCCCCCACUGUUCAGUUUCCCAGCAAUGUAUUUUAUCUGUUUACUUUUUAAAGUACCCUUGUGUGGGACGUGGGUUUGUGUUCAACACAGUCCAACUGUUCAAGCCAUGUUCAUUAAAUGUGGUUAGAUCACAUGUAGGGUUUUUUGAAUGUUGAUUUGCUGAUUGUAAAGGUGCUGAACCAUGUGGGUUGGCAGGGGGAAAAAAAGACCAUAGGGAGUGCAGGAAAAAGGAAACAUGUUUUUCAGUUUGUAAAUAACGCAUAUGCAUGGAACAGCAAGUGUGGACGUUUUCUUUCAUUUGUCUUUUCUUUUGAAAAAUAUUUAUUCUUUUUUUUUUUUUCAAAUAUUGAAUAUAGUCGCUGUGUAGAAGACAAGUUCGCUCCUGCUUUAAAAGAACAUGUGUUCUUUGUGAGGGUUUGGAAGCUGUUGAACGUGCGAUGAAACUCUGACCAGGUUGUAGUAGCUUUUUGAAAGCAAUUCUGACAAAAACUAAAUCCACCUAAAAGCAUAGCAUUAGGUGAGAGAAUGAGACUAAAGAACAAACCAUCUUCAUUUUUAACAGCAAGCCAGACUGUAGUUCAGGUAAUACAUUGAUUUAUUCAUAGUUGGAAUUGACCUUGCAACCUUCAGAGGUUAUCAGCUAAUUGCACCUGAGGGGGUUUUGAGAAAUGAACAGAGAAGGACUUGGAAAGGACUCCACUGUGUCCUAAGUGGCUCCAUAUUCUCUAUAUAGUACACUAUGGGCCCUGGUCAAUAGUAAUGCAUUAUAUAGGGAAUAGAGUGCCGUUUGGGAUGAAGGUAAUGUCCUGUUUGUUCUAACCCCUCCUUCCCUCUUGUUUUUGUUCUUCCAUCACCACCCCUCCUGUUUCUCCUUAGAAGUUGUAAUUUCCAGAUAACACACUACCAACUGUUUCAUGAGAGCCAAAUUGAGUGACAUUCACUCAUUUAAAAAAUAAUAAACAAAUGUAUUUCUUUUUUCAGACUUGAGCUUUUCCUCAUGGUUUUUUGUUUGCACCUUGGUAACCUGGGAGGCGGUAGGGCACCGUGGUAACCUGGGAGGCGGUAGGGCACCGUGGUAACCUGGGAGGCGGUAGGGCACCGUGGUAACCUGGGAGGCGGUAGGGCACCGUGGUAACCUGGCAGGCGGUAGGGCACCUUGGUAACCUGGCAGGCGGUAGGGCACCUUGGUAACCUGGCAGGCGGUAGGGCACCUUGGUAACCUGGCAGGCGGUAGGGCACCUUGGUAACCUGGCAGGCGGUAGGGCACCUUGGUAACCUGGCAGGCGGUAGGGCACCGUGGUAACCUGGGAGGCGGUAGGGCACCUUGGUAACCUGGGAGACGGUAGGGCACCUUGGUAACCUGGCAGGCGGUAGGGCACCUUGGUAACCUGGCAGGCGGUAGGGCACCUUGGUAACCUGGCAGGCGGUAGGGCACCUUGGUAACCUGGGAGGCGGUAGGGCACCUUGGUAACCUGGCAGGCGGUAGGGCACCUUGGUAACCUGGGAGGCGGUAGGGCACCGUGGUAACCUGGGAGGCGGUAGGGCACCUUGGUAACCUGGGAGGCGGUAUGUAAUUCCAUUAAAGGGCUGUUUUAAACUUGAGUCAGUCAGCAUGACUACAUGACCUAGUCCUAGUCCCCUAAAGAAGUAGGAGCUGUGACAGACCUGGCUGACAAGACGUACCCCAUAACCCCCCCCACUCCUUUCUUUAUCUGUUGUGUAAAGGAGUAUUGUUUUCGAUAGCACCAUCCAGUUGAGCUAUACAAACUGCUUCGUGGGCUUUAAGGAACGAGUCUUGUCCGACAACUGCAUUUAAAAAAUAUAUAUAUAAGGACUGAGCAUAAAGCAGCGCUGAUGUUUUUGAGAUGUCUGUUGUUGUAAAGCUUUGGCAUCUAGGCUAGACUAUGAGAGUGGCGUUUACACUGGUUGCUAGUCUGAAAUGCCACCCUAUUCCCUAUAUAGUGCACUACUUUUGCCCACAGACCAAUGGGGAGUGGAGCACCUAUAUGAGAUAGGUUGUCAUUUGGAAAGCAGCCUGGGUUGUACCAACAUGGUAACAUGAUGCCAUUUUACCUUCAUAACACUUUCCAGUUUUAUAGGAGCUUACGAGGUCCAAAACGAGCCAAACCCGAGCCCAGAGAAGUGGCUGGACUAGUCGCAGUGCUGUCCUCAGUCCACUGUUGGUUGGAAUACAUUUCUCAAUGCACUGUAGCCCUCGAGAAAGACGAGACUCUGGCAUUUGACAUUGAUGUGGCUGACAAGACGGAAACAAAGAUUUCUCUUUCACCAAAGUGUGAAUCUUCUGAAAAUACUAUUUUUUAAUCUCUUUGUUUCUGAUACUUUCUGUGAAAAGGGAAGUUCAGACACACAGUUGCUUUCAUGUAUUAUAACCAUUCUUACAAACAAAAUGUCCUAUUUAAAUAAAUGUCAUUCAAAAGGAA